AUGCUCGUCCCCUCUGCACGCUCUCUCCUCGCGAAGCCUGCAUUCUACGCCAGGCCGCUUUCGCAACAGGCUGCCCUCCCAACCACCGCCACCCAGCAACUGCUCCUCCCGAGGGUGAAACCUGUUCAACACCCCUACUUUCUCGACCGAAACUCGCGAGGCUCACUCCCCGUUUACACCGAGAUUCGUGCUCAGGGCGCAAAGCACACCGUUCUAAUCCGCAACGUCGAGGGCAACAUCCGGGCUCUCGCGGAUGAUCUCGCUUCCUCUCUGUUCCCUCCUGCCUCUCCGGAGGCAGAGCGUCUCAAGAUACAGAUCGUGAGAUCAAAGCAUCUCGUCCUUUCUGGUGGCAGAUGGAAAAUGGACGUUAUGGACUGGCUCAAACGCAAAGGCUUCUAA